UUUAAAUCACAAUAUUUUGAUAAUCAUUUCUUUUUUCACCUCGGCGACGUACAUUCGUAUAAUAAAUAUUAUUGGUAAAAUUGCAAUAUCAUUUAAAUAUGCCGUACCGACGUGAACUGCAAAUUUUUUUACAACGAAAUAACAUGAGUCUUCCUGUUGCGAAGAGGGGCAAAGACGACGCUAACAAAGAGAUAGUCGAUCUUAACGAAGUUUCUAGAGAGGCGAAGAGUAUGAUUGAAAAAAUUUUGGGGGACGUUAGCAAGACUUCCGCUACGAAGCAAAUCAUCAUCGGCACCGCUUCAGGAUGGACAACCGGUUUGCUCACAAUGAAGGUGGGAAAGGUAGCUGCGUUCGCUUUGGGUGGAGGAAUCAUCAUUCUUCAAAUAGCCGCGCAUCAGGGAUACAUAAAAGUAAAUUGGGACAAGAUACAGAAGAAAGCAGAAAAGUUGUCUGACAAGGUGGAGGAAAAAGUAACCGGCGAAGGGCCCAAAUUUUUGGAUAAGGUAGGGCAAUGGUCUCGAAACAACACAUAUCUGGCGACAGGUUUCGUCGGCGGUUUCCUAAUCGGUCUAGCGUCUUGAGUUUAAUCGUAUCGAUAAUUUUCUUUUUAUUUAUUUUUCUCUCUUUUCCCACCUCGUUUUUCAAGUUACGCAAGACAAGAAAAGGAAAUCGAUGAAACGAUCUCUCUAUCAGGUUCGCACGAUUCUCCUGCUUUGCUUCUGGCCAUUGUUAUUUUUUCAACGGUUUAUCGGUACAUAUACAUUUUAUUAUGUAUAGAAAUCAUUUUUUCUCUUCACCUUUUCCGUUGUUGUCCUUUUUCUGUUCCAAAUUUAAAGUCAAGAAUAAAAUCUGCGAGUUGUUAGUUCAUUUAGGAUUGUUCCAUCCUUUUUUUUUUUUAUGACUGAC